GCGGACAAAUCCCAUCAUCACUUGCAAACCUCACCCAACUUCCCUCUCUUGACCUUUCCAAUAAUCAGUUUUCUGGUCCCAUUCCAGCUUCCAUAGGCCAAUUACUUUGAUGGAAAUAUAGCAUUUGAGUUUCCAGAGGGCUGUGGAUUACGAAAUCUCAACUUACAUAGAAAUCAAAUGGAUGGCUUAUUACCAAGGUCCUUGGUGAAUUGUCGCAUGUUAGAGGUUCUAGACGUUGGCAACAACAACAUAAGUGAUACAUUCCCUUAUUGGUUGGAAUCUCUACCACACCUUCAAGUGCUUGUCUUAAGGUCCAACAAGUUCCAUGGUUCUGUGCAGAGCACCAAAGAAAGUCCAUCUUUUCCGAAGUUGCGAGUUUUGGACCUCUCCAGCAAUUAUUUUGUUGGUGCUUUGCCUGUUUGGUACAUUGAAAAUUUUAAUGCGAUGAUGGACCCUCAUAAAGAUGGUGGUUCCCCUGAAUACAUGAUGAUUGUUUUUCUCCAUUAGUAGUUUAGAUCAAAUUAUUUCUUGAAAAAGACAAAACGUCUUGUCUGAUCCCUUUUAGUUUCAUUUUUUGGUAGUCUUUCCUAUGCUGUUUUUCUGUUUUGGAUUUCAUAAUAGUAUUGGCUUUCCAUCUUUGGUAUAGCUGUUGGAAGCAAUGUCCAGAUGCUAAUUUUCUGUGCUCCAAAAGCAACCCUUAAUCAUCUUUCAAAUCAUCUCCUGUUAUCCCUCAGUUGAUGCAUGUGAAAGAGCAGGAGCAUUCUUUCUGUGCCUCUUGAUCCCAAUUCCAUAUGGCAAGGGGCAUUUAAAUGAUGAGAAUUGCUUUUUAAAGUAAAGUUGAUGUACUUGAAUUCUAUUCAAUUAGUCAUUAUUUUUUGACUUGCUUGAAAAUUUAGCUGAGGUCGUGGAAGUUGCUUUCCAGUCACAUGCUACAUGUGGUGUAAUGAUCUUUAUAUGGAUGUUGCUUGUCCAAGCAACUCCUCUCAUGAAGAGUUAUAUGUGUUGGAGCUAUUCUGUCUUCCUUUGAAGUUUGAAUACCUCUUACCGAUGCAACUUUUUUUU